AUUCUAUUAUUCUGUCCGGGGAGUAUUCGUUGAUUGAAUAUGUAAAAGCGAAGGGGUUUGAUCGGGUGCGGCUUCAACGUAAUCAUCGGCUUCCAAGCGCGACAGCUCCGUCCAUAGUGAGAGCUCUUAGUAGAUUACCCCAUCAACCAUUGUCCCGGCAGCUGCUUCACCGCCUACUCGCAUCGGAUUCGAGGCUCUGCGCUCUAUCGUUCUUUUACUAUCUACUAGCUCUUCAACUCAGCAUGGCUGACUCUGCGAUGGAUGUCGACACUGCGCCGCCCGCGGCCGUGAAGACGAAGCCGGAGAAGAAACGAUUUGAAGUCAGAAAGUGGAAUGCUGUUGCUCUGUGGGCUUGGGAUAUCGUGGUCGACAACUGCGCCAUCUGCCGCAAUCAUCUUAUGGAGCCAUGCAUCGAAUGUCAAGCAAACCAGGGCAAUGGCGAACAGUGCAUGGUAGCCUGGGGAAUAUGCAAUCACGUCUUUCACUUUCACUGUAUCUCGCGCUGGCUCAAGACUCGGCAGGUGUGUCCGCUAGAUAACAGAGAAUGGGAGUUUCAGAAGUAUGGUCAUUAGAAGUAUCGUUGCCGCUGAUGAAGUAUUGUGUGUUGUUCAUGGGUCAUUCACAAAUUCAAAUGGAGUCACUAUGUCUGUUGCUUUUGCUUAUUCUUGGUUUUGUUCCUUUACUUGAUAAUUUACAGUAGCCUAAUCGCAACAUGCAGCAAGAGCCAUGUUGAUCGAAUAUAUGCGUUAUAUAUACUUAAAUAUUGCAAUUA